AUGAUAAAGAGCAAUCUGCUGGUCGGCUUGCUGCUGUUGCUAGGCAGCAGCUGGAGUGCUGCUGAAUCUGGCAGCACCACUGUCAACCGCUUCAAUCUACGACGCAAUCAUGGCAAGGUUACUCAUACACCGGCAGCACAUGUAGUACUACCACACAAUCAUCGUCAUGCUGAACAACAACAACAAGACCAAGCCAACGCUGAUCGCUCGGAGCGUCGCAAUGAGAUUCGUCACGCCAAACGUCGUCAAUUGACGGCCGCACGAGCCGCCAAGAAAGCCGCCAAACAAGCCAAGAAGCGCCAGCUGCAAUUGACACUGCAAGCCCCGUCGCAAACAGCCCUGGCGGUCACUCGUGCCAAUACAUGGUUGGCGCAACAUCCCGACACGAUCAAUGGGACCAUGAACGAAGUCCGUGCGCAGAUUCUGACGGCCAUGGUGGCAUUCUACUACGAGACGGGUGGCGGUGAUGACGAAUGGACGACCAGUACCAAUUGGUUGAGUUACACCGUCAACGAAUGUCAGUGGUACAAUCAAGCCGGAGAAGAUUCCUGUAAUGCGGCGCAAUUGUUGGAAGAAUUGGAGUUGGAAAGUAACGGAUUGACGGGAAAGCUCUUGCCCGAAGUGGGCGAUAUGGUGACACUCAAAAAGUUGGAUCUGGAAGACAAUGACAUUGGCGGAUCCAUUCCCAAAGAGAUUGGGGGACUGCCGCUAUUGGAAGAAUUGACGUUGGAAGAGAAUGAACUCACGGGAACCCUUCCUUCGGACAUUGGCAUGCUCUCCAUGUUGGUGGAACUGUACCUGGAUGAGAAUAUGUUGAACGGAACCAUUCCCACAGAGUUUGGGAAUCUCUUGGCAUUGGAAGAACUCGAUUUGGCGGAAAACGAACUCGUGGGAGUCAUUCCCGAGUCCUUUGUCAAUCUCACACGGCUCACAUACUUGGAUCUGUACUCCAACGAAGGAUUGGGAGGAACCGUCCCCGUUGGCAUUUACACCUUGCCCUUUUUGACCGACCUCGAUUUGGAAUUCUGUAGUUUUACCGGGACACUUCCCUCGGAAAUUGGAGCAUCCACGUCUCUGCUGGUCUUGGAUCUACAAGACAACCUCUUGAACGGAACCAUUCCCGCCGCCAUUGGGAAUGCCGUUCAGUUGGAGGAAUUCAUUGUCAAGAACAAUGCAUUGACGGGAAGGAUCCCGUCCGAAUUGCUUCUCUUGACCAACUUGAAGAACUUUGAAUUGGCCGAGAACUUGCUCCAGGGAUCGCUGCCCUUUCGACUCUGGGGAGACAUCCUCGACUUUGUUGAAAUCGAGUUGCUCAACCUCACGGCCAACGCCACCCUGGAGCUGAUUGACGACAUUCUCACCAACUUGACCAGUCUCGAAGAAGUUGAUUUCAGCGAGAAUCGACUGUCGGAUCUCGUGCCGGACGAAUGGAUCUUCAUGACCAGCUUGCGCCUCUUGGAUUUGUCUGACAAUCAGUUCUUUGGGCCUUUGCCGUUUGACGCGGCGUUGAUGGAGAACCUCACAACGAUUGGAGGUGUCGAUCUGGCACCCAAUCUCACCAGCCUCAAUCUGGGACAGAACCUGUUCACGGGAACCAUCCCCGAUGAACUCUUGGCGUUUACAUCACUCGAGAUCCUCAACAUGGAACAGAAUCGACUCAUUGGGUCCAUUCCACCCAACCUUUGGAUCACUGCCAACCUCACAUCGGUCAAUCUCGGUAACAAUGGCCUAACCGGAACCCUGCCCUUUCAAUUGGAACUUGCCAAGAAGCUCGAAGAGGUCCGGUUGGGAUUCAACCAAAUGGGUGGACCUAUCCCCAAUGGCAUUGGACUCAUGACGAGCUUGCAGAUUCUCGACCUACAGAGCAACGCAUUUGCUCAAUUGUUCACAUCGCCACUGGCAUCGUUGCCCAGUCUCAAGGAACUCUACUUGACCAACAACUCGUUCAUCAGUCAAAUCCCCGUUCAAGUCUGGAGCAAUAACUUGACCAUUCUCGAGUUGGGCGACAAUGACUUUACCGGAACACUCCCCAGUCAAAUGGGUAUGGCCACAUCGAUGCUCCAGUUGAAUAUCAGUGCCAACGACUUGCGCGGCACCAUCCCCGAUGGUAUUAGUGGCAUGACUAGUUUGACAUCGUUGGACCUCAGUGGCAACCGAUUGCUUGGAAGCAUCAUUCCGGCCAUGACCCGAUUGCAAGACCUCGAAGUAUUGAAUCUGGCCGACACAAUGAUGACGGGAAACAUUCCCGCCCUCCUUGCCCAAGUGUCCGGUCUGAGGGUCCUCAAUGUGAGCAACACUCAAAUGAGCGGAAUCAUUCCGGAUUCCAUUUGUGCCAUUGAGGAGCUCAUCUUUACGUGUGGUCCCGAUAGUGGGCUGUGUGGUUGUGGCAUUUGUAUCUGCGUCAGUGGACGUGAGGAUAACCAACCCAGUCCUCCCGUCACACUCCUGCCGACCACGCUACGACCCACCGCGCAGCCAACACGAACCCCCACCAAAAUGCCCACGAACCAACCGACUCGAACGCCCACAAGAAACCCGACCGCAAGACCAACUAGGAGGCCGACACGACGACCCACGAGGAAUCCUACCCGACGACCAACGAGAAGGCCUACAAGAUUCCCAACUAGAAGGCCGACUCGAACGCCCACAAGAAACCCGACCCGAACACCAACGAGGACUCCAACUCGAAACCCGACGAAAAUGCCCACACCUGUGCCUUCGUCUUCACCAUCAAGGUCCCCUUCGAAUUCACCAUCAAGGUCGCCAUCGGUGUCGCCUUCGAAUUCGCCAUCAACGUCUCCUUCGAAUUCGCCGUCGACGUCCCCGUCGAAUUCACCAACUCUUUCCAACGCCCCCAGUAUUAGUCAGAAGCCAAGCGUCAGUAGUCGACCCAGUGUUAGUUCCGCACCUAGUGGACAGCCAUCCAUCAGUCACAUGCCCUCGGUGAGUAAUGCGCCAAGCCAAAGUUCGAAACCGAGCGUCAACAGCAACAGCCCUAGCGAUGUCCCAAGCUUGAACCCAAGUGGUCCAGAAAGUGCAAGCCCCAGCAACAUCCCAAGCACAGUUCCCAGCUCCAACCCAAGCGGCCCUGAAAGCGCAAGCCCUAGCAAUGUCCCAAGCUUGAACCCAAGCGGUGGAAGCGCAAGCCCUAGCAACGUCCCAAGUGGAAACCCAAGCGGGGGCAGUGAAAGUCCAAGUGUUGUUCCCAGCAAUGUGCCCAGUGGGAAUCCGAGCGGGGGCAGUGAAAGUCCAAGCGUCGUUCCCAGCAAUGUGCCCAGUUUGGUUCCAAGUGGUAUUCCUAGUGUUGUUCCCAGCAAUGCGCCCAGUCCUGUUGCCAAUAAUGCUGCUGCUGUACAAGAUACGCCCAAUCCCACUCCCCAACCUACGUUUAACCCUACAGAUGGGGAAACUGACGAGCCAACAGCAGAACCUACGUUUUAA